GAGCGGCUGCUGGCAGGGCUGAAGAAGGGCGGGGCGAAGUCAUUGUAUUUUGAAUAUGUUAGCAACAAUACGCAUCGCGGUUCAUAAGCGCUGAAGGCAUCGUAUUAUUCUUGUACGGAGUUUUCCUUUAUUUGUUAUUUAAAUAUAUAUCUAUCAGCAUAUAGAAAGUCCAGUGUUUGUAGCUUUGUUUAAACGAAAACGCGCGUUUGCAAACUGUGCGUAAGGUGUUUUUUUUUUUAAAACGUGUUUGUUCGCCAAACGAUGGAAAUCGCCUGAAGAGCAUUGCUAGAGAAACACAAUUGUUUAUUUAUUGUAAUCGUAAUUUUAAAGAACGGUUCUAAUUUUAAAAGAAGUGCAUCUGCAUUUUAUUUGAUUUAUUUGCAGUUACAUUUAGGCAGGUUUUAAACACAAACCCUUGCAGUCGUUGACAGUGCAACUUGUUUUUAAAGAAGACUGAAGACCGGAGUUAAAAAGCCUGGCUUCCUACAGGCUUUUCUGCUGUGACUCGGAGAUUCCGUGGCUGGAAAUCAACCUGAGCACUUGAGGGUAAACCGAAAAGAACCACGAAAUACUGACCUGCAGCAUAUGUGCCGUUUGAAGACGGGCAACUUGAGCAACAAUAACACGAUUGAUACUGUGCGUGUGGAUCAGUGGACUACAGCACGUUUGAAAACAUGAAGACCGCCGGAGGAUGUGCUUGUCAUCUUUCUUUGUUACUGUGUAUAGUGCAUGUUUACUUCACGUUAGCUUUGAUGCCCGAACCGAGAAUAACCAUCAGAUAUGAAGAUCUGGACCACAAGCUGGUGGAGCGAUUCUCUCAGAACGGAAUCUUCAACUACAGUGUUCUCCUGCUGCACCCCAGCUCGGGGAAGCUCUACGUGGGAGCCAAGGAUGCCAUCUUCUCCCUGCAGACCAAGACACUGACGGAGAAGCCCUUAGUGAUCUACUGGAACGUGUCCGACAGCAACCAUGUGUCCUGCAAAAACAAGGGGAAGAGAGAGACGGAGUGUCACAAUUACAUCCGCUUGCUGCAGUUCCUUAAUGAGACUCACAUCUAUGCUUGCGGGACGUAUGCCUUCGACCCCCAUUGCGCGUACAUCAGCCUGUCCAGUUUUACUUUGGACAGGCUGGAGAACGGGGAGCUGAGGAUGGACAGCGGGAGGGGCAAGUGUCCCUUCGAGCCCAGCCAGCAGUACACCGCUAUCGUGGCAGACGGAGUUCUCUAUGCCGCCACAGUCAACAACUUCCUGGGCACGGAAUCCCUCAUCUCCCGGGCAACGGGGAAGGAGGGGGAGCGUAUCCGCACAGAGACCUCCACGUUGUGGCUGAGCGAACCCGAGUUUGUGAGUUCCGCCUUCGUGCCCGAAAGCCAGGACAGCAGCAACGGGGAUGUUGACAAAAUCUAUUUCUUCUUCACGGAGACAGCCAAGGAGUUUGAGUUCUACACCAAGGUCAAGGUGCCCAGAGUGGCGCGAAUUUGCAAGGGAGACAUCGGGGGUCUAAAGACCCUGCAGAAGCGAUGGACCACCUUCCUGAAGGCCCAGCUGGUGUGUGAGAACCUGCAGACUGGCGCCCGGUACAACAUCCUGAGAGACGUGUUCACCCUGCAGAGGGAGCCGGGGAGCUGGGGCAGCACACGAUUCUACGGGCUCUUCACCUCACAGUGGGAGCGUGACGAGGUGUCGGCGGUGUGUGUGUACAGCCUGCCGGAGGUGAGCCAGGCACUUUCAGGCUCCUACAAGGAGGUGAAGAGGGACUGCGAGAAACCAGCAUACCCAGAGCCAAACCUCCACCCCCGUCCGGGAGCGUGCAUCACGUCCUCUCUCGUGGCGGAGGGAUUCUCGAACUCGUUGAGCCUGCCGGACAAGGUGCUGACCUUUGUCAGAGACCAUCCUCUGAUGGAGCAACCUGUGGUGGCCCGCCCCCUGCUGGAGAAGAUGGGAACCAAAUACACCAAGAUCGCAGUGAGCCUGGCCCCUCUGCACCUCCCCUCCUCAGAAUUCAAAACCACGCCUAUCCUGCACCUGGGCACAGACCGAGGCAAGCUGCACAGGGCAGUGGAGGUGGGGGACCGGGCAAUGCUUAUUGAGGAGACGGUGCUGUUCUCUUCAGAGGAGCCCAUUCACAACAUCCAGCUGGACCAGGACUCCUUGUAUGUGGGUUCUUCCAGCACCGUGGUGAAGCUGCCUCUAGCGAACUGUAGCCAGUACAGCAGCUGUCAGGACUGUGUCCUGGCCCGGGACCCUCUCUGUGGAUGGGACACCAGUCAGUCUGCUUGUGUGCAGCCUGGAAAGAGCCAGGGACUUCUCCAGGAUGUGGAACAUGGAGAGGCAAUCAAGCUGUGUCCCGAUACAGGAAGGUGUGAUCCGGAGCGGGCUGUCGUGAAGGCUAUCCUGGGGUCCCGCAUUGUGCUGCCCUGUGUGCCCCACUCAUCCUGGUCCCACUGUGUGUGGAAGUUCCCCAAGGACCUCCCUGCAGUAAACCAGCGUGCAGACGGGCUGGAGAUCACAGUGUCGCAGAGCAGCCUGGGGGUGUACAGCUGCAUCUGUGUGGAGAACAAGAUCAGCUGUGACAGAGCCUCCUACACGCUGGAGGUGGGUGACCCCACCAUGGGGGCCCUGUGCUCUAGCAGCAGGAAUUACACUGUGGGCAUCUCCUUCUUCUGCCUCUUGCUGGGUGUGCUGCUGGGGGCAGCGAGUUUCUGGGGCUUCAAAAGGUUCAGGGGCACCAAACAAACGCAGAUAGAGCAGCGCUACGCAGAGACCCCCAACUCCCCAAGCAGUCCAAGCAUCAUGUCCGAGGGCAUGCCGCUAACUGAGAAGAAGAAUGGACUGAACGGGCAUAAUGCCUACGCCAACGUGAACGAGGUCUGCGACGAUGCCCGCCCCAUCAUGAAACUCGCAGGGGCCCCUCUCGCCCGCUGUGAUGAGAGCUCCAUCUAGUACUGGGGGAGUGGGAUUGUCUCUGGAUGAGACUGGAGAGUGAAGUUCCUGAUCCAGCUCUCUGUACUCUGUGCAUAGAUGCCUGUGUGUGUAUUUGUGUCUGCUGCCGCUGCCGCCAUUGUUGCUGGGCCACUAUCCCAACCCCUCUCCGCCUCCCUCCUCACAUGCUCUGGAUGUUCCACAUCAAUCACUUGCUGACCACCCCCAAAGUAUUUUUGGCAUUAGCUGAGCUGUUUCAUUUACAAGCAAAACCUGAAGCCCUAAUCUCUCUUGUCUUUUUAAACUGUGAACAUGCAGAACAGGGUGAGGUGAUCACAUGCAUUGGAAUAGGGGUCUGGGGCUUUUGGUUAAGGAUUACCAUCCCCCCCCCCCCCCCCCCCAGGUGUGGAUAUCUGAUUUCAAGAACUACAGAUGUGCAAUGAAGAAGCUGGAGAUCCCCCAGGUAUGUGUCUCACGAAUGUUUUGAAGAUGGACUUUGAAGUGAUGCUGCCACUGGACUGUCUAACAGGCAUUGUGCUUUAGUCUCCAUCACUGCAGAUUGGGGCUGGAGGGGCAUUCUUGCUGCCACGAUCUUUCCCUCCCUGCAGAGAAGAAAUUAACCUUGCCCCCUCAAACCGACUCCAAAGUGUAUGGCAUGAAUUUGAUGCACGCUGCGAUGCACCUUUUUAUUUUUAUUUAAUUAUUCUUUUAAGCAUUUAAUAAUUAAUCUUGUUCUGGGUCUCUCGGGACACUUCUAGCUGAGUUUGUAAAGCUGAUCGACAGUCCUGCUGGAUUUUUUAAACUUCCCUCUGCACUGGGGAUGGACUCCUGUUGAAACAUUUGCAACUGGCAAGUGGAGUGUACUGUGUAUACAGUGUGUGGUCUUGUACCCCAUGGUUUUAUGAGCGGACUGCUCCAGAUCUGGACAGCCUGGGCCACUGUAUCUUUGAAACUCGAGUUCGGAAGCACCUGGACUGACAGGUCAAUGCAGAGAGACACAAUCUUUACAAAAACAAAAAGAUUCAGAGUGAAACCUCUAUUAUCCUGACUAAAUGGAUCCAGGUUGUAAUCAGAUCGUUCAGAUAAUUAAAUUGCAACUGUGAAACUUUUUAAAGGACAUUCCAGAUACGAUAGAGCCCUUGUAUGCAGUAACUGUGAUGUUUUGAAAAUAUCAGAGAUUGAGAGCUGAACAGUGAAGAGUUUGGUGUUUUAAAACAGGGCAGAACACAGCACACAACAAGACAGAUUACCAAGGGGCUGUUCAAAUAACAGAGGUAGUUGGAUUAUCAAGGUUUAAACAUACUGUUAACAAAAUACAUCCACGUGUGUAUGUAUGGGUGGUUGGAUCUAUGGAUGUGUGUGUGUAUACAGUGCCAUGAAAAAGUAUUUUCCCCCUGUCUGAUUUUCUGCAUUUUUGGUUAUUUUUCACAUUGUAUUUGGUCAGAUUUUUUUGUGGGCUGUAGUAGUAUAUAGCGGGAGUCAUAGAAAAAAUGACACCAAAGUUUGGUGCUUCUUUCAUUUGUUUGGUGUGCAAGGUAAUCAAACAUCAAUCUUCAGGUGUGAAAAAUAUACAUAUAUAUAUAAUAUACAUAUAUAUAACGUCUAACAUCACUAUAACAAACCCUUAACGAACUCCCUUUUUUAAUGAUCCAAGCAGCAAUAACUGUUUUUUUUUCCCAAUGGAAAUUAGCCCUAUUAGAACGAUUACUUUUACAAAAUCUACCCAGGUAAAAUGAUCUCGGUAGUGACUGACUGAACUUUCUUUUAAAUAUACAGUUUAAAUGUUGAUCAAUGUGAAGUUGUCUUGAAAGAACUACUGUGUACUAUAUAAAGAUGUUCAAUUCAAUUUGGGCAUUUCUUCAUUAAUCUGAUUCAGCAAAAUGCCAAACCCUAUUAUAGUGACACCCUGAUAUAACGAACACUUCUCCAGGUCCCAAGGGGGUUCGUUAUAAAGAAGUUAGACUGUGUGUGUGUGUGUGUGUGUGUAUUUGUGUGUAUAUAUAUGAAAAAAUAACAAUGCAGGAUUUACACAAUCCUCCUAAUGACCAGGAUUUUGAAACUGACUCUGCCUUCCAGCAUCUCUUAAUCAAUAUGCUUGCUGUGCAUGCCCCCAGGGCAGGCGGAGUCGGGAGGGGGGAGGGAACUGGUCUGCUGCAGGGGAGAGCUUACCCAGCGUGCUGUGCAGUGAACACACCUACAGAUGGUUCAGGGGACCCCUUUUUUAAAAACAGUUUUCAAUAGGGGGGACCACCAACUGAAAAUGAAACUGUCCCAAACUCUCCUAGUGUACAUAAAGUCAUUUGGAGGAUAUGUAAAUAAUUCUGGACUAUACCCCUUUCCCAAUAUACUGUAAAGUGGAAUUAUUUGCAUAUACCUAUCACUUGAUUCCUCACCUGGUUCCAUUAAACUCCAGAGGGUUUUGAAUACUAUUUCCUAACAGGAUUCAGGUAUUUCACAAGGCUUAAUAUACCCAGCUCUGACUACCUGUAUAACAAGCAAGAGUUCACCCAAACUGAACACAAAGCUGUUUUGUUUUUUCCCCCUCAUGAAAUUGGUCAUCAGUGCUUGUUUAAAAAUCACAGAGAAUGUCGAAACAAAAAAUAUAAAGUUUCUUAGUCAAUAGUAGUGUUAGCCAUUAAAAACCUCAUAUUGUGCCACAGACUGCAAUUAUCUGUUUACACACAUUGGUACUAAAGCUUCAUAAUCUUAUUACAUUUCCAUUAGAACUUCCAUCAGGGCUAGUGAGGUACC